GUCGCAUCGUAUGGUGUUUUUGCGAAUUGAAACCGUCGACGUUUCUAAGAACGUAAACGAUAGUAAAGAGGAGUUUAGAAAAAGAGUAUAGAAAUCAAACAGAGAUAAAAAGACAAAUAUUUAUGCAAGAAUUUGAAGUAAAAAGUUGAUGAUUAUUCGUUUCAAAAGAAAAAAAAAAUAUUUUUUUACUAUUGUGUGUAAUGUAAAUUUGACAAACAAACGGUCGCGUCAUUGUGAGUCAGAGACUGAUUGAAGUGUGCAUUUGGUAUAAGAAUUGUGAUCAUAUUACGACAAAUGAAAGCAAAUAAAAUAGCAAACAAAAUGCACACGUAUUACAAUAAUACCCGUGAGGAUGUGGUGGAGCCAUAAUCCGAUUAUAGUUAUGCACAAGGAGCAUCAAACUUACCGAUUUACAAUAUCUUUUGAGAAAAUAUAGCAACCAUUUUAAAAGAUAUCUUUCAAAAAUCGUAACGCAGAAAGAAUUGGUGCAUGACAAAUUCUAUGACAAGAAAUCAUCAAAAACAACACGGAUCCAGCUCUGAAAUCAACUGAAAAAAAAAACUUCACAAUUUUACUUGUGUGUGAAUAUAUUUGCAACUCAGUCUUCUGCCACAUUUUAGUGCUUCAAUUAUUUGCACCAUCUCUCUUCCAAAAGUGACACGCUCCCAAUUUAUUAUUCACAAUUUGAAAAGAAACGAAUCAUUUUUUGAAUUGAAAAAGAAGCAUGUGUAUAAUUACCAUCAACAGCAAAUGAUAUUUCCUUUGCUUUGUGAAUUGCGCACAAAAAAACGUGUUUAGGUUGUUUACACAACAGUGAUUUUGUUUUUGUUCUUCGUUCGGUCGAAUGUUAUUGAAAUACGACUACAGCUUCGUUUAAUUGAAAGCGAAAUUUGAAUAUACACAACAGAAGAAAAAAAAAAUUCACAGACGCAACAAAGAAUCGACUUGCACAGAGUGCGAAAAUCAUUUACAUCUUGGUUAUUGAGGCGUCUGUUCCAUUCGCCAUAAAAUCUCUUUGAUUUCAAUCUGAAAUAAAUCGUAUCUUUAGUGUGAAUUGUGAAAUUUUACGAUCACGUACAAUUGUCCAAUUGAAUGCUUACAACCAUGCAGAUGUUGUAUUUAUAGUCAAGUUUUUCGGAUCGGAUCGUCUGGAAAGUCUUAUCAUCUGUUCUGUUAAUUUUAAUUUUAUGGCAAUAUGUCAUUAGAUUACGUAAAAAAAGGUCAACACGAUAACAGCUCAGUACAGCUCCAAGUGAUAUCUUCCGUUUAGCCAAAGUCACACACGAAAAAUUACUCCAAUUUAACACUGAGAUAAACAAAACAAAAAAAGAAAACGUCACGCACAACAAAACGAACACGUCUUUGGUUCCACCAUCCGAUAGAAAUAAAUCAUUGGUUGAAAGGCGUGCACACACACACCGACCGAAAACAAAGCAAUCACAAUUUUAUCGAUAAUCAUUUUUGUUUAUUAUCACGUGUAAUAAAAACUUGUAGCCUGUAGAAAAAUGGAAGACUGGAUUAUCAGCGAUGAAUUGAAACUUCAUAUGUCCCGCAUUGGAAGCGGAGCAGCUGCAUUGGCUAUGAUUUUUGGUGGAGCAAUACCAUACAUACCACAAUACCUGCAAAUUAAACAAACCCAAGAUGCGGAUGGUUUUUCGCUUUUGGUCUGUCUCACACUCCUCGUCGCAAACACUUUGCGCAUUUUAUUUUGGUUUUAUUCCAAAUUUGAGCUUCCACUCUUGGUGCAGUCUCUGGUGAUGAAUGGGACGAUGUUCCUUAUGAUUCAUUUGUGCGUAACAGUGCGACGGAAUAACUCGAUUUUGAAAGGCCGAGACCGAGUCUUCACAGACAUAAAUCAAGUAGAUAUCACAAAUUGUUGUCCGGAUCGGGUUGAAAAUAUUGUGACAGCUCGUAUUAAAGAUGAUUUACGCACCAAAAAAGUGUCACCAUCAACCGAUGAAAAAAAGAAGCGAAGACGUGACCCAAACAAACACUACAUAAGCGAUUUCGAUCCAAAGUACUUUUGGCAAUGGACAGAUUUCCAAUCAUAUUUGGAUUUUAUGCUCGCUUUAUGGUUAGUUGGAGCGAUCAUAACAUACUUUAUGCUGCCAUUCAAAGAGUUUAUGGAAACAGUUGGAUUCUUUGCUGUAUUCAUAGAAGCCAUGUUAGGUGCGCCGCAAUUUCUACGAAAUUUUAAAAAUAAAUCAACGCAAGGCAUGUCCAUAAUGAUGGUUUUACUGUGGACUGUCGGUGAUAUGUUUAAAACGGGAUAUUUUAUCAUCAGAAAUGCGCCAAAUCAGUUUUGGAUUUGCGGUACCUUACAAGUCAGUUUGGACUUGGCAAUUUUACUUCAAGUAUUAUUGUAUCGUAAAAAUACUGAACCACAAAAUAUGCACCGAGGAGACUAGCAAUUUGCCCCCCAUCAAGCUCAGCAGCAGCAACAACAACCGCAACAAUCAUCGACCGAUGUCCAAUGCAAUGCAAAUCAAUCAAGUUCAAAUGAAAAUGAUAAAAACAUUAUUCAUAUAUCACUUCAUCCAAAAAGCGAAACCGAUGACAAAUCACAUGAUCCAAAUAAUAAAUUAACUCAGCUUCAGCCACAAAAUCACAGUGACACCAUAUCGAUGACGUCACGCAAAUCUUCAUUAUCAUUAGCCAAACCGAUUGAAAUGCCGGACGAUUUUGAAAAAGCCAAUACGUCAAUUGAUAAAGAUUCACAUAAAAUUGAUAUAAUGUUCAUUCCAUCCAAAGGCGACGACGACGACGAACAACAAGUCGACGACGACUAUGACAACGAAAUGGUAUCAGAGAAUGAUAUUCAAUUGCAUCAUGACAAUGAAAAAGAUGAACAUGUUAAAACGGCUUUAUGACGAAGUGGUACGCUGGUCACUUGGCCAGCCAUCGAUCUUAACUUGCUUAUUCAACAAACCAUCACACGUUGUACAAAUACAAUAAAUGGCAAGCAAAAAAUUAAGACCACCGUACGGAAGCAAACGGAUUCGAUUGACAGCAAUAAUAUUGUCAUUCAUCCACGUUUCGAUAAAUUAUCCGGCAGCAAUGAAAUUAUACUGUAGAAUGUGAUUUUCAACCAAGACACAAUCAACCACAAAUUGGCAGGCUAUUUGAUUUAUUAUUAUUAUUAUUUGCUAGAGUUUCACAUCAUUUUUCGAGAAUAUUAAACCAACAACAAAACAUUGUACCAGAAUCUUGCCAUUUGUCACGGCACUUCCAAUUGGCUUAAAUAUCCACUGAUGAACUGUAAUUG